AUGCCCGUAGCUUCUCGUCGACCCGAAUACUAUAAUGUGCUUGGUCUCGUCGUCGACGCUACGGACGAAGAUAUCAGAACUGCAUACAAGAAACUGGCCCUUCAGUGGCACCCCGACCGUCAUCAGAUUGGGAAAGAACACGCAGCGCAGAUGUUUGUUGAAGUCAACACUGCCUACCAUUCCUUGAUGGAUGGCACAGAAAGCAUGGAUCCUUCCUGCGGAGACGGUAGUGGUACAGCCCAGAGCUCCAAUGCACAGUCAUUCCCUCAUGCAAAGUCGUCAGGCUCACAGAAGAGUGAGCAGACACCCAAUCCGUUCCCCUCCGCUUCCCCUUGUUCGUCAAACGACAAAACUACUCAUCAUGCCUCACACAACCAUCACUCUAAUCUAAAGCACCAAUUCCAUAAGCCUUGUAGCACAGGCAGCAAUGGCUCUCGUUCCCGCUCCCGAACAAAAUCAUACGAUAGCUUACGUGAUUUACCACGACCAUUUGCACCUGGUCAAGCGCCGUCCUCUGUCACGAGCGCUAGCCGCUCUCAUAGUAGUCGCACGACCAUUCCCCACUCAAAGUCACAUGACAAUCUGCGUGAUCCUUCACUCAAUUCGCACAAGCCGCGAGCGCCUGCUCCAGUCUCACGCGAUCCGAAGUCGAACCGGUCCAAAAACAACCAAGGGGCUGGAUCUACCUCUAUAUAUUCCAAAGAUCGCACACACGAUGCAAAGCCAUUGCGAAGUCAAACAGGCAAUUUCUCACAGCCCGUGAUUCCACCGACGUCAUCCAAGCUACAUAAACCACCUCGGCGCGGACUGGGAGAGGAGCUAUUCCAAAAGCUUUCCAAGGGGUCGUCGAAGUGCAAAAAAGAAGAGGGUUCAACAUACUUAGACAACGCUCCCACGUAUGGCUCCCCGUUACGAGCUCUUGGUACGCCUCGAGGCACAUCCAAGGAGUGGGUGUUUCCUCUUCCGCUGACACUUGACGAGAUGUAUUAUGGGACGGCUUUCCAAUUUCUCAUCACACGGGAGCUAUUAAACCGUAAGACAGAGCAAGUCGAGAUCUAUGUCGAUGUACCUCUGGGUAUUCGAAGCGGAACUAGGAUUGUCUGUCCCCGCACAGGUCACCAGCGCAAGGACGGGACUCUUCAGGACGUAGUCUUCUUGGUUGAAGAGGUGCCUCAUGACGACCUGUUCGUGGAUAUUUGUGUGCCAUGGGUGGAGACCCUCGCCGAACAAGGGGCCGAUAUUUGUAUAGAUGGCAUGGAUGGGGAAGAGAUUAUCUUCGCACUGCCUUAUCCAAUCUACGACAAGUCUACCGAAGGGCAAUUACUAGUUAAAGGAGCGGGCAUGCCGAUUCGGGAAGGACGAAAGGCAGUGGGACGUGGUGACUUGAUUGUCAGAUGGCAGGUGGUGUUCUCGCACCCUAGCAGAUGGGAGAACUUUAAGAAAGCUCUGCGUAUCAAGGUAUAA